GCCAGCACAGCUUGGAGCUAUUACUCCCGCGGACAGUCAGAGCAAAGACAGCAGACCUUUUUCUCUCGGAUUUUUCCAAAACCAGCUUGGCGAUGGCAGAAGCUCAGCAAGAACCUGAGGAACCAAUGGAACCUGCGAAACGUUAUGAGGAAGUUGCGGAAGCUGUGAACAAUGCUAACUAUGAGGAUCUUGUCGAAUACGUCGAUGACUUCUCAAAAGGCAGAAAACUUAAAUUUCAGAAAUUCUGGAAAAGUGAGUGGCAAGAACAGUACGAAGAGGACGAGAUAUACUGGAAAAAUGAGAACAUUUCUUUGAAUAUUAUCAUCGAGGAGCUCAAGAAAGAAAAUGCAAAGCUUCGAACGAAAAAUGAAGAAUAUUUGAGAGAAAUUCAGGCCUCAAAAAUCCUGUUUGAAGAGCAGCUGGCAACCAAAGAAGCUGAAGAUGCUAAGAUAAUGCGUGAGCAACAGAUAACAAACGAGAAGCUUUCAAACCUACUCUCUACUGAAAGCCAACUCUUUGAAGACUUCAAGAAUGAAGUGGUGAACAGAGAUGAAGCUAAUGUCAGAUUAGUAAAGAAAAUCAAGAUACUUAAGCAAUGCACGAUUGAGAAAACAAGGGAAUUUGAAUCAGCGUUGACUCUUAAGCAACAAGAGCUUAGUCAGAAAAGUAAGGAAAUGAAACAGCAGAAGGUGAUAGACGGUAUAAAAUUAAGAGUUGAAGAAACGGCAAAACGUAAUCUGAUGAAGGAAAAAAAGGUAUAUGAGAAAACUAUACAGAACCUGGAGGAAACCAUUUGUACAGACAAGGAACGAGAGAGCAUAUUAAUAAAAAGGAUUAAACAGCUGCAGAUGGACGUCAAAGACGCUAAAUUGAUGUGUGUGAACAGAGCUAAAAUGGACAAAGAAGAGCAGAACUCACUCUACAAAGAACUUAGUCGGCGAAACAAUUCCAUCGCUGAGUUAAAAGAAAAAGAAAAAGAAAAAGAAAAACAAAUAAGUAAAUUGCACAUGAAAAUUAAGGAGCUUCAGGGAAGUAUACAGAGCUUUGAGAGGGAAAUAAAGGGCCUAAAGAAAGAGAGAGGACAUCUUUUCGAUGUGCUUAAAAUGGAACGGUCCAAAAGUGCUAUUUUGAAAGUCAGUCUAGAUGAAAGAGUUAAAAUGUGUGAGGCUCUGGAAGAUAAGUUAGAGGCAGAAAAGGAAACACAUGCUGCUUUUAACAAGACGCUUCAAUCAAAAACCCUUGCAUACAAUGUUCUCAGCGCGAAACACAAGAUCCUGACCACCACUUACAACGGCGUGAAACCAGAGAUUGACAGAUGCAACAUUAAAAUCAAACAGCUAGAGAACAAAAUCAUCUCUAUGCAGUGUGACAUCCAGAACUGCGUCGAUGUUUUUCAUUGUCCCAGAGCCUUUUUCCCCUGUUUUGUUCAGCUAAAGGAAAAACACCUGGACAAAUCCAAAAUGAGCUUAGUCGACACCCAAUUUGAAGUGUUUCAUCGCUACAUUAACAAGCUCAAGAAUAUAUUCGGUGACACCGUCGCUAGUCAAAAGAGAGACGUGAAGAAUUUGAACAAAGUGUUGUAUAACAUACAGCAUACCCAGUUGAUAGAUAUGACGCGAUACAACGCUGCUACCGAAAAUUACGGAAAAUUGGAAGAGGAAAAGAAAACUCUGGAGAUUAGGUUGAGAAAAGUGGAGACAGAGCUUAAAAUACAAAAGCAUCCUACCAUUUCCAAAGUCAAGAACUGGAUCAACAAACUUUUCAAACGAAAGGCCCACCCAGCACGAAACUUCACAGAGGAGGCAGUAAUCGAAGCGGCCAAGCCCCCUCCUUGCCUUGAGACGGUCCUGCGGGCCUGUUCAGCUCCAGCAACAGUUGACACAUUUGAACCUGUGUCGGACAAACGCUGUUUACCUUCACCUGAAACCUCCCCACCAAGUCCCCUCUUACACCAUGUGAACUUUAUUCCAGACAGUGUCUAGAACCAUUUCUAGUGAUGGGUCGAUGAGGCGUCAUGAAGCGUUUCGACACAUUGCCAAACUGUAUUGAUACUGUGUCACUGAAUACUGACACCUGCUGGACGUUUAAAAUCACUACAGGCAACCAGUUGACAGUUAACUGACACUGAUUUGAGUAUACAGAAUAAUACAAUUUAAGUCAUUGUAUGUUGCAUUGUAAUAUUUAAUAUUUUCAUUUUAAUUUCAAAUAUCUAGUGUGUA